AUGCAAUUUGCUGUAGCGCCACCAAGCCCGUCGAUGUUCGCGCCGUCGCCGAGGCCGAGGCCAUUGUCUCCGGUUUUCUGCAAGUGCGCCACCUCCCCUCCGCCACCUCCGUCGCUGUCUCCUCCGCCACCGGCUUUCCCGCUCCAACAUGUGCGGAAGCCACCAGAGGCUGUAGAGUCUCCCAAGGACUCGUCGAUGUUGAAGAGGAAAAGGUCUCUGUUGGGGCUUGAUUCGAUGAGGAUUGACAUUACGCGGCCGAACUUAGGGUUUGAGAGCUGGGGGGCGGCUCCGGAGAUUGAUAGGUGGCGGGAGGUGGAGUCUGAGCGGGAGGGUUAUUCGGUGUGUUGUAAGAAGGGGAAAAGGGCCGGCGUCAUGGAGGAUCGCUACGCCGCCGUUGUAGGUCUUCAAGGGGAUUCCAAGCAGGCUUUCUUUGGUGUAUUUGACGGUCAUGGGGGCGUUCAAGCUGCAGAAUUUGCGGCAGAGCAUUUGCAUAAGAAUGUUAUGAAAGUAGUGACUGAAAAAGGUGAAGAAAUCGAGAGGGCAGUCAUGGAGGGGUACCUCACCACAGAUGCCGAGUUUCUCAAGAAAGAUGUCGGUAGCGGGACGUGUGCUGUGACUGCAUUCAUCCACAAAGGGCAUCUUGUGGUCUCUAAUGCCGGGGAUUGUCGAGCGGUCUUGAGUCGCGGAGGUGUUGCUGAGGCCCUCACUGUCGACCACCGAGCCUCGCUGCUUGAAGAAAGACAAAGGAUUCAGAGUCUGGGUGGUUUUUUAUUCUAUGCACAUGGAGUUUGGAGGGUAAAUGGUUCUCUUGCUGUGUCUAGAGGAAUCGGAGAUAGGGAUCAUAAAGAAUCGGUUAUAGCUAAGCCCGAAACCAAAGUGCUUGAAAUUAGUCCGGAUUGCGAGUUUUUGAUCCUGGCCUCUGAUGGCUUGUGGGAUAGUGUAGGCAAUCAGGAAGCUGUAGAUUUAGUCCGAUCUCUAUGUGUUGGGGUGGACAAGCCGGAACCUUUAUCCGCUUGCAAGAAGCUCGUUGAUUUAUCUCUGAAAAGAGGGUGCCUCGAUGAUGUAAGCGUGAUGGUUGUUCAACUAACUCGAUUCCUUCCGUGA